AUGCCCAUGUCGGCGUCGGCGACGAUCCAUACAACCACACCGUGUUCGUGGUUUGGGUACUCUGAGCAAGAGUUCGAGCAGGUGUGGUACUCCAGGUUCUUCAUUGCCUCGGUCGUGGCCACAGCCGUCUGCGCUCUCACCACCCUUCUGGCGUCGCUUCCAUUGUGUCUCGGGGCCAGGAAGGGCAUGCCUCUGAGAAUUAUCGCGGGCGUGCUCGCUCUGAUCGCUGGCUGCUCCAUGUGUCUCCCCAUGGCGAUGGGCAUUGCGCAUCGGGUGUAUUACCAGAGGGAGUACUGCACCAGGUGCUACGACUGGAGCUGCGACGAGUGGUACAGGGAGGCGCACUUUACUUUCGAGGACGUGGCCUCAGACUACGACCAAGCUUUCGGCUUCCUUGUCCUCGUGUUCGGCGUCGCCACCUUGGUUCUGUCAUUCAUCACAUGCUGCCGGUGCUGCGGCCCACUGAGGGAGCGUGACGCGCAGAAGCAGAACGUCUCGGUCGUAACUGAUGUAGCGUGA